ACCAUUUUGAUUUUACCGUUCUUAACAUGGAAAUCUUAUUAAUUUAUGGUCUUUUAAAGGAGACAUUCAAGUGAAAGUCCGUUCUGUUGCGGAAUAAUGCUUUAUAUCUAUCUGCAGUCCACAGUAAUACAGAAGAGACAUAAGUAAAGAAGAACAAUAUGGAUGUUGAAGUGGAUCUGCAGGGUUGUGAUGUUUGUGGAGGCAGCCAUGACACAGAACAGUGCCCAGAGCUUGGACUGGAAACAACAGAGGAGGACCCCCUCUCUAUGGCACGUCUUACCCUUCCCAACAACCUUCAAGUUGUUGAAUUCCUUGACAAAGCUAUAGGUGUCGCCACAAAGCAAGGGAUACCUGCCAAAACCAAGCUAGGCCCCUUUGAAGCCAAGAGAACUACCAUUGACUUAGAUAUGGAGAACUUGUUUGUGUUGAAGAUCUUCUCUAAAGAUGGCAGCACAGUCACCUUAGACACUCGAAACGAGAGCGAGUGUAACUGGCUCUGUCUGGUGCGCACCGCGGAGACCAAGCCAGAGCAGAACUGCAUCGCCUUCCAGAGCGGCACGGAGCUGUACUAUAUGAACACCAGGCGACUGGACGCGAACGAGGAGUUGAAGGUGUGGUACGCCCCGCAUUAUGCCAAAAAACUUGGGAAGAGUGCAGAGCCUGAUGGGGUGACCAAAGCACUGCUUGGUUUGGAUAUUAACUGGCAGGCUAAUGAAGCUAGUCCAAAUAAGAAUACAGCACAUGGAGAAGGGGAAGCCUCUAUGUUGUACAUAUGCCAGCUGUGUGAGAUAUCCUUCAAUUCUGAAUCUGAGUUCAGGCAGCACUUGCUGGAGCUGCACAAUAUGGCGCUAACUGAGGAACAGGAGGGGCAACAGGAUGGGAUUCACCAAGCAGCAGACAUUGCCCCAGUUCUGACAUUCAGUCAAGAAUCCUCUGACGCCUCUGUGUGCCGCGAGUGUAACGCCACAUUUGACAGCAUGGUCAGUCUUGCGAGGCACAUUCGUAACCACCUGCGCCCCCAGCUGCCCGUGGAACGCAAAAUGACCCGCACUAGGAAAUCCCUUGUGUGCUCCAUUUGCGGUCAGGCUUGUCGAAGCCCCAUCACUUUCAAGCGCCACAUGAGGAAGCAUAAGAAACAGGGGGUUAAGUGCCCAGAGUGCGCCAUGUUUUUCUACAGAGAGGAUCUCUUAGAGAGUCAUAUGGAAAGCAAGCACCAGAAGACAAGUUCUGAAGAAACGAAAGUGAAGGUGGCAGCACUUGAUGUUGAAGCAGGAAAAGACGGCUCCCAACCUACUGAUGAAAAUGAACAGAUGUUUAUUGAUCCUUCUCAAGCAGGAACACAGAUAGUAAGAGAGGGAGCCACACAAGACAAGACAGAUCCUCAAGUUGCCCAGGAUCUUGAAGAUUUAGACAAACUCUUGUCAGAAUUGGAAGGGGUGCAAACACCCCCCAUAGUAAAUGACAGCACUAGUGCAGAAGAGAAAAUGCCUACUCAAGAUGAGCCAGGUCUUCCUGUUGUGACACCCGUGGCCAUUGCGGCACCUCCGCAAAUUGAAAUUCUACCUCCAGAUCAAGGAGAAUUGAAAAAUAACAACACAGUUGCAGAUGUGGCACAACCUCCUCCACCAAAGCGAAGGAGAGGCCGACCUCGGAAAUCAGAGAUGGUGAAGAAGAUUGAACCUCCAGUGAUAAAAGAACCGGAGAAACCUCAGGAAGCAGAGUCAGAGCAAAAUUUGCGCCGUUCUUCCAGAGGCCGGGUCAUUAAGCCAAGGCAGUGGCAGUUUGAGGCUGAACAAGACAAAGAGUUUAAGAAGAACAAGGAGGGUGACAGUGAUGACGACGAUGCUGACCUUGAUUUGGAGAGUGGUGAUGACAUCACUGAAGAAGAAGUCGAUCUAAGUGAUGACGACGGGGAAGAGUUUGUUGCCAAGCUGUACCCAAUGAAAAGAAAGCGUGAGGCAGCAACAAACGGAGAUGACGAUGGAAAUAACAGCAAAAGAGAGGCCUUAGAUCUAGCAGAUGAAGAGAUUCAAGACCCAGAAGUCCUGUUGGAGUUGCAGGAUGGCUUGGAGCAAAAGGAAGACGACUCCACAUACGGGUGCCCAGUUUGUGGGGGGACAUUCUCCACUCUAGAAGAAGGCAGAGAACACAUGUCCCAAGAGCAUCCAGACAACCUGAGCUACAAGUGUAAAGUAUGUGGGGAAGUACUUGACAAACUUGAGUCUGGAAAAACCCACGUGCUAGAGAAGCAUAGAGAAGAGGUGGUGGGAUCCAAGGACUUGGACUGGGAGUUGAAUAUGGAUAUUGAAGAGUCCUUCGAUGGCAAGCACUACGUGUGCCCCGAGUGUGGGAAGAAGUUCGACAAGCCUCGGUAUCUUAAAAACCAUUUCCCAGUGCACACUGGGAAAUACACUUGCGCUGCGUGUCACAAGGUGUUUGCCCGGGCAGAGAGUCUGGAGAAACACAUCUGCAGUGCCAAGGUGGAAGUGAAGAAAACCCAUUUCUGCCAGAUCUGUAACUUGUCCUUCUCAAAGAAGUUGUACCUCUUCCGUCACAUGGCAGCUCACACAGGAGAAUUCACGUGUGAGCGCUGCAAGACGAUGUUCUCUCGCAAAAAGGCACUGGAGUGGCAUUUGUACAAGUGCAACCCAGCUCAACUUUCUGCAAAAUCCAAGAACCAUGUCUUCCCAUGCGACGAGUGCGGAAAGGUGUUCAGCAGACAGCUUGCUUUGGAAAACCACAAAAUUGUUCACACGGGUCAGUUCAGGUGCAGCGUGUGCAAGAAGAGCUACUCCAGUAAAGAGCGACUUCAGGAGCAUGUGUGCGUGGGAAGUGCUGCAAAGGGAGGCGAAGAUGGCACAGGUGGGAUGUCGUCCUCGGCGAAAUCCAAAUUCAAGUGUGAGCUCUGCGACAAGGCCUUCAUCAGGAAAGAGGAUGUGUUAAAGCACGAAUAUAAAUGCAAGGCCAAGUUCAGCAUAGAGCAAGAUGGCGUGGUCAAAUGUGAUGACUGUGGAGAAGAAUUCACUGAUGCCAUCUUGUUCAGGGAUCACAAGGUGAAGCACCGUCACCCCCAUGAGUGUGCCAAAUGUGGCAAGGGGUUCGCCAGGAAGUUCUCCCACUUGGAGCAUGAGAAAACGUGCACUGGAAAAGAAGGUGCUGUAAACUGCACAGUGUGCAACAGAACGCUCUCAGACCCACGCUAUCUGGAUCGCCACAUGCAGACACACGAGGAGCCGAACUACGAGUGCGAGUUCUGUGGGAAGAGCUUCUAUCGCAAGGAUUACCUAAACAACCACACAUGUCGCAGGCCAGAUGGGUCGGUGGUCAGGAUGAAAUACUCAGUCAGGAAAGGAGUAGCCGAAAUGGAGGACAAAUAUGUUUGCUACCUAUGUGGAAAAACCUACAUUAGCAAGAGCAAUCUUAACAAGCAUCUUAAAACCCAUGGCGACAAGCAUUUCUCCUGCGAUGUCUGCCACAAAAAAUUCCACAUACGCCACCAGAUGUUGGAGCACAAAAACGCCGUGCACACUAAGGAGCGCAAGUUUCAGUGUAACGAGUGCGGAAAGCUGCUGAAGACAAGGCUCACACUCUACGCCCACAAGAAACAGUUUCAUGGCGCAAUCACAAAAGUGUUCGCGUGUCAAACCUGUGGGAAGAUAUUCCGUCAGAAAGGGAAUUUGAUGAAGCACAUGUUAAUGCACGAUCCCAAGAAGCACUUCAACUGUAACUACUGCCAGGCUUCGUUCAAAUACCCAGAACAGCUGUACAGGCACACGCUUGAGCAUACGCAGGGCAAGAAACAUGCGUGUGAUCACUGCACCAAGAAGUUUGUGUUGCCGCAUGAGCUGAAGAAGCACGUGCUGGAGUUUCACAGCGGAAUGAUGUAUGUGUGCAGCCUUUGCUCGGAGAUGUGUCGAUAUCGCCACACACUACGACGCCAUAUCCAACGGAAACAUCCAGGCAAUGUGGGAAUGCUACAGGACCCCAACUUUCUGCACACCCUGUUAAAGAAGGUGGACCAACCUGAUGAGCCCAGGAUCCAGAGUAGCACCAUCUCAGCAGGCAGGGCAGGAGGGAGUGUGGUAGAGAAGCCACCUCAGCACAUUCUGGUCCAGAUCCAGGAUCCCAACCAGCAGACCAGACUGGUGGAGGUUCAGGGAGGACAGAAUAUUGAGGAUGGCACGUCCCAGGUGAUAUUUGGAGAGCUUGGCGAGGGCCCAACUGGCCGUACCAUCAUACAGAUGCCUGAUGGGAGGCAGAUAGAACUCACAGACAACACAGAGGUAAUCCACAUUCAACAAGGAGGUGAGCAGGGCGCAGGGGAUGCCAUCCCAACAACCGCUGCUGCAACCACAGGUGACCAGCUUGUCAUGGAGAACCUCUCCAGUGAUGUCGUAGAGGCCCUCCAGACCGCCCAAGCUCUGCAGUCUCUGUCCAGCAGCAUAGAUGGCGCCACCAGCAAAAGCAUCAACUUGGCGGACUUAGCGUCUCAAAUUGCUGCUUCUCAGAUUCUUGCCACAGGAACUACCGGAAACCAAAUGAUUUCUACUACAGCACCUUCUGAUGAGGGGACGGCUGCAGGUGACCAGGGACAGUAUCUGUUAGUGCCGCUGGAUUAUGAGCAAGAACAGCAUGCAGAACAGGGGCCUGUGCCACCUGUUGGUGAGCAGACAGAUUUGUAG